AAAACGGUGAUUGGCAUAGCUGAUUUGAUUGAGAAAACGUUGAAAGAAGCGGCUGCGGCCGAAUCUGAAACAGUGGCGGCUAAAACAAUACAAACAUGUUACGAUAUCAUUGAUCGGUACAUUGUCACUGCACCUCAUAUUCAUGAGGUGGCAAUCUCGUCUGUACCUCUUGUGGCAGUUUUCAUUGGCUUGGAUGAUGUUUCGCGACACGAACAGUGCAGAAAGUGUUUGGAUGGAUGUAUGAUGCAGCUGGAGAAGAUUUCAGGAAUUUGGAAAAAGGUUUUGUCGAAAACAGUAUACGUGAAGUGUAUGGGUGAUAUAAUUUCGCAUCUAUUUACUGUGCUGAUUAAGCUAGUUUUGUCCAUGGAAGAUAUUCGUGCCAAUGAUGCGGAGCUCUGUGCUCUUGCGCUCAGCAAAGUUUUGAAAGAGUGCGAAUUGUUGGUUGAUAGAUCGGGGCAUUCUCCUAUCAAUAAGAAAGUUGAGCUGGAAUUUUGCCGCAUGCACGAAGUGGUAUUUUGCCUGGAAGCAUCUUUACAGUGUGCUUGA